GACAUAUGAAAUUGACAUUACAUGACAUAAACAAAUAAUAUUGAUUUAACUAAAAAAACUAGUAAAUAUUUAAGUAUUAAAUAGUUAUAAUUAUGGAUUCAACGAAAUUAGAAAUGUUUGAAGAUGAAGGUGGUUACGUGGAAGGAGAGAUGUCCAUACCAAAAGCCCCGAAUACCACACAAAUCGGACAACCAGAUUUCAAUACUUUAAACGAACCCAUCAGUGAAACUAUAUUACGAGAUUUAAGAGCCGUCGGUGUGAAAUUUGCACACGUGUUGUUUCCCAAAGAGAAAAAGACUUUAUUGAAAGAAUGGGACUUGUGGGGACCGUUACUUCUUUGUACUUUUCUAGCAAUGUUUUUACAGGGUUCGUCUACCGAUGAUCAUAUUAAAAACGACGGGGGGCCCGAAUUUGCGCAAGUAUUUGUUAUUGUAUGGAUCGGUUCAAUGGUUGUUACUUUAAAUUCUAAAUUACUCGGAGGGAAUAUAUCGUUUUUUCAAAGUGUAUGCGUCCUAGGAUAUUGUUUACUACCAACUGCGAUUGCUUUGAUUAUUUGCCGGGUGAUAUUAUUGGCUAAUCAGUCGGUUGUACUUUUUUUUAUUAGAUUUGUUGUAUCCAUGAUGGGUUUCCUUUGGGCGACUUACGCUUCCAUGAUAUUUUUGGGCGACAGUCAAAAACCGAACAGAAAAUUGUUGGCCGUGUAUCCGAUUGGUCUAUUUUACUUUAUUAUAUCAUGGUUAGUGAUUUCCAAAACAAAUACAUAAAUAUUAGAUUAAAA